AUGGAAAAUCUGGAUAGGUUCUACCGAUAUUUUGAGCGACCUCCAUUUGCUCCUGUCUAUUAUCCCACUGCGGAAGAAUUUCUGGAUCCUUUGGCUUAUGUGGCGAAGAUUCGCCCAGAAGCCGAACAAUAUGGCGUCGUCAAAAUCGUUCCACCUGAGAGUUUCAAACCACCUUUUGCCAUAAAUAGUGAGACGUUCGAGUUCACACCGCGCAUACAGAAGCUCAACGAAGUUGAAGCUAUAGUUAGAGAGCGGCAGGUGUUUCUCGAAAAGAUUACGACAUUUUGGCGACUGCAAGGUUUCGAAUUCAAAAAUUUGGUUGUGGAUGGUAAAAACGUUGAUCUCUUCAAGCUUUACAAGGUGUUUCUCGAAAAGAUUACGACAUUUUGGCGACUGCAAGGUUUCGAAUUCAAAAAUUUGGUUGUGGAUGGUAAAAACGUUGAUCUCUUCAAGCUUUACAAGGUAGUCAAAAGUUUGGGUGGUGCCGAUACGGUAACAUCUAAAAAGCAAUGGACGCAAGCUUCUCGAAAAGUGAAUGUACGAAGCAAUCAUGGGAUUUCCAAUCUCAAGGCUUAUUAUCUCAAGUUCAUGCAACCUUUUGUGAAUGUAUUAGAAAACACACCACCUGUCGAGGAGGAUCCUCAUAGUGACGCGGACACAAAAGAACGUGAGGAAGAUUGUCAGCCAACUAUGCAGGGAAGAAGACGAGCUGCCCGUCCAAAGGGAAGAAUGAUGGCUGGGCUGCCACAACCAAAGAGAAGCAAAGUCACUACACAUAAAAAGAAGCCUGAUCCUAUGGAGAGUGUUUACUGUAGUGUUUGCGGAAGUGGUGAUGAUGAAGAUCGCCUACUACUGUGCGAGGAUUGUGACAAGAGCAUUCACACCCACUGCUGUGAUCCACCUUUGGCUGGUGUCCCCAAGGGUGAAUGGCGUUGCCCGGCUUGUGUCGCAAAAGAAGUUUCCAAAAUCGGUCUCAACUAUGGAUUUUAUGAUGCCCAUGUCAAAUAUAAUCUGUUUACAUUUGCGGAGUAUGCUAAUAAGUUCAAAACUGACUACUUCAAUGUGAAAGAACCAGAGGAAGUACCGGAUGACGCAGUAGAACGUGAAUUUUGGCGAAUUGUCUUUGACACCGAAGAGGAGGUGUCUGUCAAGUAUGGAGCUGAUCUCAUCACUAGCAAGGUGGGUAGUGGGUUCCCUAGAAAAGGAGACGACCAUCGAGGCGCGGAUGCAAAGCUGAAGCAGUUAUAUGCGAACCAUGCGUGGAAUCUUAAUAAUCUUCCGGUUUUGAGGGAAUCCGUCCUUUCGCAUAUCGAGACAGGCAUUUCUGGGAUGAUGGUCCCUUGGGUGUACGUUGGAAUGUGCUUCAGUACGUUCUGUUGGCACACGGAAGAUCAUUGGACUUACAGCAUCAACUAUAAUCAUUGGGGCGAACGGAAAAUCUGGUAUGGAAUCGGUGGCGAUAACGCUUGCAAAUUCGAAGAAGCUGUGCGUAAACUGGCUCCGGGAGCGACAGUACAGAAGGAUAUAUUCCACCACAUGACCACAGCUGUAAAUCCGGCUAUAUUGAUCUCUAUGGGAGUAAAAAUAUGGACGGUUCACCAAAAUGCUGGCGAAUUUGUGAUUACGUUUCCUCGAGCAUAUCAUGCGGGCUACAAUGAGGGUCUUAAUUUUGCAGAAGCAGUAAACUUUGCCCCCAUUGACUGGCUGAGUAAAGGACGUCAGUGUAUUACUGAGUAUGCGGAUGUUCGCCGAUUUUGUGUCUUUUCUCACGAUGAGCUGGUACUGAAGAUGGCUUCUUCUUGCGAAAAAUUGGGAAUCGCAAUGAGUUUGGCAACGCUGGAUGAGAUGUUGGAGGUAAUAAAGGUUGUUAUGACUGGCGCGUUCACUGGGUGGAAGACUCAUUCCGGUACCACCUGA